UUUCCUUCAGAGACCUGGGAACAACACAAGUGUCACUUACAACGGUUGAAAGUAUCCUCAUGAUGACCCUUGAAUUGGAAAAGCUGAUCUUGCCUAGCCAUAUGGCCUGCUGCCUCUGCCAAUUUAAAAGUAGCAUUGAAGUUGUCUGCAAGACAGUCAAGCUGCAUUGUGACAGAUGCCUGAAAAACAGCGCGCGUUGUGGUAAAGAAACAUCUCUAGGGCACGCAGAAGGAUCAUUCAUGAAGGUGCUACAAGCCCGGAAGAAGAACACCAGCACCGAGCUGAUUAUUGAGCCAGAGAGGCCGUCCUCAGGCAGAAGUCGUGUCAGCUUGUCGAGCUUCGUGGAUGAGCAGCCGGACUUUAGUGACGAAAGUGAUGUUAUCAGUGCACUCAACUACAUCCUGCCGUAUUUCUCCGAGGGAAAUCUAGAAGAUGCAGAAUCCACAUUGCUGCCAUUCAUCCAGCUUCUCUUUUCAAAUGUAGCAGAGGCAGACAUCCCACCGGGCCAUUUGAAGACCCCCACCGGGAACCCCUCUGUUCAACCUGAAUCCAGUAUUUCAACUUAUAAAAAUAAAUUGAGGCAACUCCGUUUUCUGGAAAAUUUGAUAGAUGCAGAAAUUCAAGAAAAAAUUGAUGACGUUCUAAGGAAAGAAAAAACUGCCAUGCUUAUACAGUCCAACGUGUUAAGUCCCCAACUGAGACGCCACAUCCUUCGAAAGAAAUUGGAAACCGCCCGACAACAGGAGAAGAGCCUCGAAGAGGUUGAGAGCGCAGAAAAAAGGCCGCCGAAGGUGAACAGGGUCCUCAAGGGCCCCAGGGGCAUAAAGAAAAGGCACUUCAGAGAAAUGAGAAGGCAGAGCACCAGGAGAAAAGAGAAUGCCCAGCCACUGGUGGAGAACGCUGCCAGAGGAAGCAAGCUCAGGGGGCCCUCCGCCAGGGAAGUGGACCAGCUGCACGUGGCCCAGAGGCCCGGGAAGCUAGUGGCAAACUCCUUGGAAAAAGAGGCUUUACUCUUAACGGAACGUAAAGCGGAAGUCUCUUCUUUCCUGAAACAGUAUUCGAGGGGCAGGCCUGCUGCUUCUAUCCAUCCAGAAGCCCCAGGAAAGGUCAAAAAGAAAUCAAAGGACUUAUCAUACACUCUUUUGGUUUUAGAAGACGCUAAUGCAAUGUCACAUCCCAGAAAGAUGUACUCCUUCCGCAAGUCUCAUUCUCCUUUGCUUCACAGAUCGGCCGUUCCCAAAAAGGGCCAGGGGGUCCCAGACAAAAGCUCAAGCUACAGAUCACUGUUUGCAUUGAGGCCUCCGUCCUCUGCAGUGAGGAACCUCAUAAAUUCCCCUUCACUAGAGGCUUCGUCGCCUUCAGGAGAACCCAGUUCUCAGGAAAAGGCUUCUCCACAAUCCUUUUCUCCUUCAGAGCCUUCUACAGAAAACAAUACUCCACAGGUUGUUUUUGAAGAACUUGCUACUGCUUCAGGCACAACUACUUUGUCGGGCACUCUCCCUGCAAGCACCACCCAGAGCACUCUUCCUUCAGGAUAUUCUGCUGCUCCUGCAGACAACGUUAUGCCCACUGUUCAACAACACACCCACAAAAUACAGUGGGAGUACCACGGUGUGGGCACUGACGUGGCCUCUAUGCCCACAAGCUUCAUUGCCCCAGGAGUUCCCUCCCCGGGGACUCGGUUUGAAGCUCAGCUGAACCAGCAGCUGCAGUCCCUCAUCCCCAACAAUGACGUGAGGCAGCUUAUUUCGCAUGUUAUCCGGACGUUGAGGACGGACUGCUCCGAGCCCCAAGUGCAGCUGGCCUGUGCCAUCUCCAGGACAGGCCUCCUGAUGAAGCUUCUCAGUGAGCAGCAAGAAGCCAAGGCGUCCAAGGCAGAAUGGGAUUCGGACCAGUGGAAAACCGAGAACUACAUCAACGAGAACACAGAAGCCCAGGGGGAACAGAAGGAGUCGAGUGAGCUCCCCAAAGAAGUUCCCGGAUAUGGCUAUAAUAACAAGCUCAUCUUGGCGAUAUCUGUGACUGUGGUGGUGAUGCUUUUGAUUGUAAUUUUCUGUCUCAUCGAGGUCUGUUCUCGUAAGAGAGCGUUGCGGGAAGGGAACGUAGGACGCAAAAGGGGCUUUUUCGGCUUUCUGCUGCGUAAGAGACGCUCGGGGGAGAGCGAGAGCAAGAGGGAGGGCUUUUUUUGGAGAAGGCGGCCACUCUGGCUUCAGGACAUGUACAGACCUCUCAACGCCACACGCAAGAAAAACAUGGCCCAGAAGCUACACGACAAGGAGUCUUCUGAUGAGGAAGAGGUCCUCCAUGAGGGUGCGGGGGAGGUCAGUGAAGCCCCAGCAGAUGUGGUUCUGACCAUAGAAUCGGACGUGGAAGACCUGGGUGAGGAGAGUGACGCGGCACCUGAGGUUCCCCCCGAGUGAGCCCCGUCCUGGCUCAGGCCGCCUACAACGUGUGUGUAUAGCACCAGAUUCUAGGAAUUGCUUGUAAAAUAUUUUUGUUGUUGUUCUAGUAAAGUGUACAUUCACAACCAA